UUGAUCCAAAAUAUGAAUUUGUGGUUCUAAUGAUUAUGCAUCAAUUAUGAUAUACUCUUGGAUUGUUGUAUAGAUAAAUAGAGAGAGGCUCGUGACCCGAAGGAGAGGGCUGUUUCCCUUUUGGGAGCUCCUCCUCUGCAUUUUUCUCAUUUGUCUUUCUAUGUUCCAUCACUUCAAUAUAUAGAAAGCUCUUUAGCAAUAUAUUGCUCCUUACUUCCUAUGUUCUGAUUGAGUUAGUGCUGUUUGCUUCAUCCUAUUCUUUCUUGAUCAACCUUCUCUAACUCCAUCCAUUUUCAUUUGUCUACCUCCCUAUACACCUGAAAUGAGGCGUGAUCAUGGUGUCAUUUGUGAUCAAAGGCUCAAUUUUGUUACCCUUUCUCUUCUCUUUCUGAUCAUUUCAAGCUGGACUAUUGAAGGGAGAAAGACUUUCAAACAGAAUGAUUUUUACCAGACAAUAGUUGAUGAGAAGGCGAUGGCGAGGGCACAGAUAGGUUCAAGGCCACCAAAUUGUGAGACAAGGUGCAGGACCUGUAAACACUGUGAGGCCAUUCAGGUGCCUACAAAUCCCAAAUCACAUAACCACCAGAUGAAGCCCUCAAUGGUGUCCACAGUGGCUUAUACUAAAGGAGAUGACGGAUCUAAUUACAAGCCCAUGAGUUGGAAGUGCAAAUGUGGGAACCUCAUUUUCAAUCCCUGAUGCCAAGUGUUCCACAAUAUUGUAGUUCAUUUAGAUAAUUAAUCUGAAGCAUGACUAGUCUACUUCCUCAUACUCCACUUGCUUCAUUAAGUUCAUUUCACUAAGCUGUUUAUGUAUGGAUAUAUGUUAUGCAUGCGGAUUAAAAUAAAAAGUGAUCUCAAAACUUUUUUUUAUAAAUUGAGAUGAAAGUUCGUUCUUCAUAAAUGAUUGUUCAAUACCAUUGUUCAACUCUCUACUUUAAGCUGAUUGAAUUUGGCUCUUUCAUAGUGAGAAAUGCAUAUUAAAUAGUAAAUUAAUUAUAC